UCCUCCUUAGGUUCCUCGACACUUGUCUUUUUCUUUGUUUGUUCCAGACAAGGGUUUCCCUCCAUACCUCAGUGGUUGUAAGCUGGGGGCUCAAGCAAUCCCCCCUCCGAGAAUUGACGCUGGUCCGCAGCAAAUCAGCGGCAUAUCGCUUCGAUUUCCGAGCUGCGAAAGCGCCCCGGGUCACCAGAUCUCUUUCCGUAUCCAUACAUGCUCGCUUUAAAGCUUCACGCGUCUCAAUUUCGGUUUGUUUUAUUAUUCAGUAUGUUCUGCUGAUUCGGCAGGGGCGGCGUCCGUUCUUCGCCCCUCAGUUGAAGAGUCAAUACACCUGUUGUUUAGAAGGCUUUUCCUGGUCAUUGAGUUUCUUCUUUAACAGUAUUUUUGUAGAACUGCCCCCCUAUGACAGACUGUAUCGUGCUUGUGAUUUCAUUCUGUCUCUGCAUUACGCGGGCAAAGGCUGAGGGGUCACAACAUCGGCGGCGCGCCUCUAGUUUUACAUCAUUUUUCGUGUUGAGGUUAAUUUGCUUCAACCUCGCAUUCCGUCUUCUAAGCACAGAAGGCAACCACUGACUAGUGCUCUUCGCUGGUGCCGCCUUUCUGUAUGUGGGCCAGCGCUGGUCCUCGUGUGCUGUUUGCGCUACCGUCUUUGGGGACAAGACAGGGAAAAGUGCAGGCGGAUGAGGACCCCGAAGGUUUUUUCUGUCCACCGUCUUUCUGAGGAGUCCAGGAAGUGGCUGCGCCCGUUACUUUUGUCCUAACGUGACCUACCCGAAGGAUGCAGGUUUUUCGUCACCGGCGCUGUGUCUGUUUUUGAUCGAUGUUUGCUGAACUCGAGUGGUGAUCUGUUUCCCCUCAGAGAGCUCCUUCCCGCUGCAGAAAUCAAGUUGACUCUUUUCAUUCCUAUUGAAUCCGUGCGGCGCGCAGUCCUCUGGUGCCCUUCUUCUUUUUUCGGAUCCUCCCGUUUCAGCGGUAGUUACAGAGUGUCGGCAAAAUGCAGAACGACGAGGUAAUUUGGAACGUGAUCAAUAAGGACUUUUGCGCCUUCAAAGUGAAGACGCUUCGCGAGGACAUGUGCAGAAACGAGUACAAUGUCACUGGAAAAUGCAACCGUGUCUCCUGCCCACUCGCCAACAGCAACUACGGCACGGUAGUGGAGCAUCAAGGAUCCCUGUUCCUCUGUUUAAAGACGAUUGAACGUGCUCACUUGCCAAAGAAACUGUGGGAGAAAAUUCGCCUGCCUCUCAACAUCAAACAGGCGAAGGAAGUCAUUGAUCGGGAAAUGAAGAACGUCUACAAGAAACACCAGAUCGAGCGCUGCAAGAGAAGAGCCAUCAAACUUAAGCAGAUGCUCGACCGCAUGCGACGCCUCGAACUGAAACCCAAGGAGAAAUUGGUGCCGAUCAAGCAGAAGACCGAAAGAAGAGAGAAGGCGAGAGAAAAGAAAGCGGAAGUCGCGGCGCACCUGGAAGACGUGAUCGAGUCUGAACUUUUGAAGAGGCUCCAGCAGGGUGUCUACGGAACUCUGUACAACUUUGAAUCUGAGAAGACAGCGGAAGCUGAAGCAGACCAAGAGGAGGAAGAAGUCAAGCAAGACAAGGCAGAGAAGAGAGGCGUGGUGGCUUUCGAGGAAGAAGAUGAAGAGGAGGAGUUGUCCGAGUAUUCAGAGAGCGAGGGAAGUGAAGAUUUUGACUUCGACGAAUCAGACGAGGAAGAAGACAUAGAGGAUCUCGAGUUCAGCGAUGAAGAGUUUGCAGAGCCGGCACACAAAGCCCCGCGCCGGGGAUCGACAGCCACGUCAGUUCAUGGCAGCCGACGAGCAGAGCAACGCAACGGCAACGAAGAGGCAGAGAUGCCUGGUGAAAAGAAGAGUGUUUCUGGGCGUCUCUUGCAGCUUUCGGGACUCAAGCGACAACUGGCGAAACGAGGCCGGGCACACAAAGCGAUUUGCUUCGAAGAGCAGGACGAGCGAGAGGCGGCGCUUCAAGAAGAAUAAAUGUUUCUCGAGAUGCGCCGUGUCGUUUUAGUUUGUCGAGCAAAGUUUUGUGUGUCAUCUGUCUCCAAACUCUUUCUUCGCUUCUGUGCUACCGUACAAUUUUUUUUCCGUUGUGACGCAAGUUCUGCAUGAAACAACUAAACUUCUCUUGGAACGUCGAAAUCCGUUUGACAAGAAAAAAACUACUUUCACGCAGAGCUCCAAUUCGCCAGCGUCUGCGUCAUUCUUUCCAGCUUGCUAGCUCAACAUCUCUUUACUCUAGAACAGACUCUCUGCUCGUCGUUAGUAUGACCUCGAAGUCGCGGAAGCGA